AUGUUAGCAAUUAGUGCUUUUGUUGGUGUAUAUUGGGGAUUUAUUAAGAAACAAACUACACAAAAUGACUAUCUCCUUGGAGGUAGAAAUAUGAAGGUUUUUCCAGUUUCUAUGUCAUUAGUAGCAAGUUUUGUAUCGGGAAUAACAUUGCUUGGAUCUCCAACCGAGGUGUACAUGUAUGGGACCCAAUACGCCUAUAUUAUAGGUGGUAUUAUACUCAUGACUAUUGUUAUGACACAGGUUUACCUACCAGUUUUCCAUGAACUUAAAAUAACAUCUAAUUAUGAGUACUUAUCGCUGAGAUUUGACAACAAAGUGCGGUUAUUCGGGUCCAUACUUUUCACUUUUACGUUGGUGUGCUGGUUACCGAUAGUCAUAUAUGUGCCGGCUUUGGCUUUUAAUCAAGUGACUGGAGUGGAUAUACACGUAAUAACGCCCAUUGUUUGCUUAGUUUGUAUAUUUUACACUAGUGCGGGUGGUUUACAAGCUGUGGUAUGGACGGAUGUCAUUCAAAUGACAUCUAUGGUGGGUGCUAUGGCUUUAGUGGCAAUAAAGGGUACUAUUGACGUCGGCGGCUUCGGGGUGGUAUGGCAGAGGAAUAUGGAUAGUAGACGAAUUGAGGCACCCAACUGGGACCCAUUACCAACAGCUCGCCAUACGAUAUGGAACCUUGUUAUCGGAGGUCUCAUAUACUGGUUACAAGCUAACGCCGUCAACCAGACCAUGGUCCAACGAUACUUGGCGCUACCCACUCUGCGGGGCGCUAAGUGGGCAGUGGUUUUGUUCUGCAUCGGAAUAUCAAUAGUGUACUGUUUCUGUUUGUAUUGUGGACUCCUUAUUUAUGCACGGUACCACGACUGCGAUCCUUUACAAACUAAGUUAGCAAAGGCGAAAGAUCAAUUACUGCCAUUGUUAGUUAUGGACGUCUUGGGGGACAUCCCCGGCUUACCUGGAGUCUUUAUUGCUGGCAUCUUUAGUGCGGCUUUGAGUUCUUUAUCGACGAGUUUAAAUUCAAUGUCAGCGGUUGUGUUGGAGGAUUUCUACAAACCAUUUUACAAACGCCGGUUAACAGAAAGGCAGACGAAUUGGCUGUUAAGAAGUGUUGUUGUACUUUUGGGAACUGUGUGUUUAGGUCUAGUGUUCAUUGUUGAGAAAAUGGGUACAAUUUUACAGCUAACAAUGACGUUGGAAGCUAUGACGAUGGGGCCACAGCUUGGGGUGUUCACUAUGGGGAUUCUUAUGCCAUGGGUUGAUGCUAUGGGGGCCCUCGCGGGCGGAGGUACCGGGCUCGCAUGCAUGGCGUGGUGGUGUCUCUCCGCGCAGCUAGCGGUCGCGCGCGGCCUCAUGCCGCACCCACACAAGCCGCUCACUGUCGAAGGAUGCUCAUACAAUUACACUAUCGUGGAGACGCAACACAAUGUUGAAACUGAAAGUUCGGGAGUACAUCCAAUUUUGCACGUCUCAUACAUGUGGUACACCCUCGUGGGUAUGUUAGUGACUAUACUAGUUGGUGUGUUUGUGUCUUGGGUGAGACGGCUGAUGGGUGCGACUCACGUACCACCUGCACCUAAACUUCUCACACCCUUUGUUAGACGAAUGUACAAAGAACCACCUCACCCUACUGAUGAGCCCUUUAUACGGGCUUAUAAUGAUAAGAAUCAUCACAUGAAAUCUACCUCAAUAAGUAUGAAACCAAUUAUUGAAUGCGAGGAACGAAAA